CGAGGAAGACGACGCAGGCGAUCAGUUGAUCAAGAUGGCGGCAUUCGGCACAGACCGAUGGCUGAAUGAUUUACCAAACCACAUUAUUUUCAAAAAGGUACGAGAGAGAUUGGAUGCAGAUCUCGGGACAAAUGAGAGGGAAAGAGCAAAAAAUCUGACUUUUUGUUUGGGUGGAGACUUUUUCCUGUGGGACGACCCUGAAGGCGUGUUUUACACCACCAACCUGCGGCAGUUAAACUCCGCAGAACCCGAAAGCAGCGGGAAGUACCAGACGUUGCAGUGCAUCAACCCACCUCUGUUCCAGGUCCGCCAUGUGUUGCUGAGCCCCACGCAGCACCACGUCGCGUUGGUCGGUCUCAGGGGGGUUUCGGUCCUGGAGCUCCCUCAGCGAUGGGGGAAGAGGUCAGAGUUCGAGGGGGGGCGGGAGAAGAUCAACUGCAAGACCAUCCCGGUGGCGGAGCGCUUCUUCACCAGCUCCCCGUCAGUGAAGCUCAGACAGGCGGCUUGGUACCCGAGCGAGACCGAUGAACCCCACCUAGUGUUACUCACAUCCGACAACACCAUCAGAUUUUACGGGCUGAAGUCGCCCCACACCCCGGCCAAAGUGCUGCCGGUGUCCCAGUCGGAGGAUGAGAGCAGCCUCCACCAGCCGGUGAGCUCCUACGCAGCAUCUCUGGGAGAAAUAGCCGUCGCCUUUGACUUCGGACCGGUUGCCUCCCCUCCUCGGCAGCUGGCCUCACAGUGCUCCAAAAACCAACCUGUUUAUCCUCUCUACAUCCUCUAUGAGAACGGAGAAACCUACGUGAGCUACAGCAGCCAGGCCAACGGGCUCUCUGUCAGUAAACCAGCUGGACCCCUCCCCAUGUAUCCUGCUGCAGAGGAUAACUACGGCUAUGACGCCUGUGCCAUCCUGUGCCUGCCCUGCGUCCCAAGCAUCCUGGUGAUCGCCACAGAGACCGGGACCCUCUAUCACUGCAUAGUCCUGGAGUCUGAGGAGGAGGAAGAGGCUGGAACGGCGGGGAACUGGAUCAGAGGCUCGGAUUCGGUUCCGGCUCUAUAUGUGUUCGAAUGCGUUGAACUGGAACUCACGCUCAAAGUGGCGACAGAAGAAGACGAGCCUCAGGAGUUUGAUUUUACCUGUCCCAUCAGGCUGCACAGAGACCCCCUGUGUGAGCAGAGGUACCACUGCACCCAUGAGGCAGGAGUGCACAGCGUGGGGCUCAUUUGGCUCAACAAGCUGCAGAAGUUCAUCCAGUCAAACGAGGAGGACAAGGACAGUUUGCAGGAGCUGGCUGCAGAGAAGCGUUGCAUUGUGGAGCACAUACUCUGCACCAAACCUCUGCUGAGCAGCGAGUCUGCUCCAGUCCGUGGCUUUCUGAUCGUGUCCGACCUUUCUCUGGGCGCCACCAUGAUCUGCAUCACCGCUAACUAUGAGUGUGUCAUGCUGCCUCUGCUGAGCUCCAUUCGUCCUCCAUCUCCUCCGCUUCUUUGUUCCGAUCCAAGUUCCGGCUCUGUCAGCUCACCUCUCCGCGGCCUGGCCAAUGACUCCUUCGAGCAGCACAUUCGCAGAAUCCUGGCCAGAAGCUCCACCAACCCCAUUGUGCUCAAGGCUGGUGACAAAGAGGCCGCCCCACCACCGGCAGAGUGCCUGCAGCUCCUCAGCAGAGCCACACAGGUGUUCCGUGAGGAAUAUAUCAUGAAACAGGAUAUGGCCCGGGAAGAGAUCCAGAGAAGGGCAAAGCUCCUGACGGGUCAGAAGAGCAAGCAGGUGGAAGAGCUGGCUCUGUGCAGGGAGGAGAAGAAGAGUUUGACAGAGAGCGCCGAAAGGUUGGCAGACAAGUACGAAGAUGCCAAGUAUCGCCAGGAGGCGCUCAUGAACAGGGUGAAAAAAGUGCUGUGCAGCCUGCAGAGCCAACUGCCCAUCCUGUCCAACAGCGAGAAGGACAUGAAGAAGGAGCUGCAGAGCAUCAGCGAUCAGCUCAAACACCUGGACAACUGCAUCAGACAGGUGAACAUGAAGAUGGAGUAUCAGAAGAAGCAGGUGAACAAAGACAAGUCUGCAUCCAGGGCCACCGUGCAGCUCAACGCUCAGCAGAAGAAGGUGGUCCAGGAUGUCCUCAGAGAGCAGGGACAGCAGAUCGGAGACAUGAUGAAGCAGAUCAAGGACAUUAAAAACCACUUCAGCUUCUAAACUCAUUUACAAACUUUAUUGGUUUGUUUUAGUCACUGAAAUUGUCCUUUCUGUUCAUUAUGGCAGAUUUGUUUAACCAAAACAUCAGAGAAUGACAACCUCCUUUCCUUAAACUGCAUAUUUCAUGUUUGAUAUUUAGCAUAAG